ACCAAACUUUAGCUAUGAUUUACACGUAGCUUUCUGAUGCUUCUUGAGCAGAUCGGAUGACUGUCCGUUCUUGGUAAUCUGUAAAAGCGUAAUUUCCGUUGCGUCCCCGAACGCCUUUGGGGGAGUUUACAUGUGUUUCUGUUGUUGGGCGACGUGUUGCAGCGCUGCAGCAUCUCAUAAGGAUCUGUGGUCUCAAUAAUAUGACCACAUAUUUCACCAACCUCUUCAACAACUGGGCUGACUACCGGUUUGUGUUCCAGUCUUUGACUGAGAAGAUGUCACAGUGAUGCAGUAACUAUUCUCUACGAGACAGUAUCUGGUUUUCCUCUGCAAAGAAGUCGACUGGGAGUCUUUUUGGAUCCAGUUCCUGGGAUGUUGUUCAGGACACAAAGAGAGGGCGUGUUCUGAGGACUCUCAACAGCUUCUGUCAGCUUUGGGGUUUGGAUGACAACAUGGAUGGCAUUGAUGACUACAUUUGGCAGCGCCGCAUCCACCAUGGGGUCAGGUAUCAGAAAGGCGCAGUCCCGUUUCCGGAGUCGGUUGAAAUCGGUUUAGAGUUCAACGCGGCAUUGGAAAGGAAGGAAAAGUUAGAUCUGGGUCUGCUGACGAACGCUGUGAUGCUGGAGCUUUGUGACUUUGCCAAAACGGUGACUAAGUCCGAGACGUAUUUCUUGUUCGAAAUGCUACAGUUCAACUUUGACCUCAGUGUGGACGUGGACAAUGACAUGCAGUGCUAUGACUACGCAAGACGCGUUCACAAUAAAAUAAAGCUGCUGAAGGAACAAAUCAAGAUGAAACCUCGUAGAUGGAAAGAAACCUUUCCACUACCAGACCGACAAACUAUAAUGGGGUCCACUGGGUCAGAGCAGUCAGGACGCUACUACCCUAAAAGGAACAAAAUUGUGGAUAGUUCAGUCCUCACUGAUGGCAGCAAGAACAGCCAGUUUUCAGAAAAUCAAAAGACAGAGAGUAACGGAGCGGCGAGCUGUGAGUUCGUUAUAAAGAAACCAGGAGGAGUCCGAUUAAAACUAACAGAUGAUGUUUACCCUUUCUGUAAAGAACUUGGUGUGACUCUGGUUGUUCGUCCAGAUGACACACCCAAAGAGAAACUAGACCCAAAUCUGGUAACCAAUGGUGUGAUGAUGGAACUGCUUGACUUUUCCAGAGUGCUUUGUGGAACACACACUCGGAUAGUUAACGACUUGGUCAAGCAAAACUUCGGUCAUGAGUUGGAUAAAAUGCUGUUCCGUAUGCAAGUAACCAAGCUGAUGGAGCGAAAAUACGCCUGCAUAACGGCCGAGGACAGGGACGCUUUCCGAAAGGAGCCUUUUACGGUGCAGACCAAGAAACGGGAACAUAAUCGUAAAAAGAGAAAAAACGCUGAUGCAGAUUACCAAGAACUGGAAAGACUAACAAUGGCCAGUAAGAGGAGGGAAACGCUGAGGCACAGGGACAGUGAUGUGAAAGAAAUUUGGCAGGAUGGUGACCUGUCAUACAUGUGUCCAGUUGAUUUUGAGACAGAAAUGCUGUCAGGUACGGAGGCCAGACCAGAAAACAUUGAGUUUGAAAGUCGUUUGGCAGGAACAGCUGCAGAAACAAAGUCGACAGUGUUUCUGGAUGUAAAAGAGGAAGAGGAGGAAGUUUUCGUCUCCCCAGUGCAGCCUCGGACUAAUUUCCAUAACUCUCAAUUGUUUAACCUUCCUCAGAAGAACACGGCUCUAAAAGCAGUCUGGGAACUGUUUUCUGAAGAUAAAAGUGAGGACAUAAAUAAAACACACAAACAGAAGCUGUGGAUGAGACGUGCUACUCGCUCAAAACAAAUUCUGAAGUCUAGCAGAGUGAAUGACAUGUUUGCCCGUUGCAGAGCAAUAGGUUUAGACUUUAAUGUGGGUUCAGGCAACAAACAGAACGUGGAUCUACAACUACUCACCAACUGCGUGUUGUGGGAGGUUUAUAAAUUUGCAACUACGAUGACAAAGAGUUUACGCAGUUUCUUAUUUGACAUUCUGGACAACAACUUUAACCUGGUCUUCCAAGAUGAACUGCAUCAGCGCAAUUUUAUAUUUUACAUCAUAACAAAAGAAAAGAUUCUUCAGAACCACCCUGCUAGACAGGAAAUGGAGUUUCUCAGCAGUCCCUUUCACUUCCCUGAAGUUUACAACAUGGUUGAUGUGAACAGUGAUUUUCAAACUGGACAGAAAGCUGAGACAGAGCAACAGACAAACUGGGAUUCAGCAGCCUCGGCUACAAGCCAGCAGGCAGUUGUGGAGCCACACCCGUUCUGUAAAAUGUUAGGUCUCAACCUCUGGUUGAGAGAAGAACGUCUGGCAAGCCAGAAGCUGGAUUUGUCUGUCCUGACCACGGGCGCUGUGCUCGAAAUAUUCAGCUUUAUCAGGGAGCUGUGUGGUACGCUCCGUGAGACAGUUAAUGACGUCCUUGAGCACAAUUUUGACGUUGAUCUGCAAAGUGGUACGACCAAGGCUGCACAGGUGAUCCAGAGAUGGUAUGCGACACAGAAAAUUAAAAUGAUGAAAAGGCAAAACACAUCACCAAAGAUAAAUAGGUGGUUAAAUAUGGUUGUCCCACUGAAUGGUCACUCACAGCCCGGUCCACAACCACCAACUGGCAACGGCCUGGAGGAUCUGGAUACAGAAGACUUAAAGCUAGGCAGCGAAAUAGGGCCUUUCAAUGGAAAUGUGCGACAGGUGAAAAGGGUCAAUAGCUAUCACAUCUGCAAAAAAAUAGGGUUGGACCUUGACGUCAGCUCUAAAUCAGAAUCCAAAACAAAACUUGAUUUGCGAUUGCUGACGAGGGGAGUCCUCCUUGAGAUGCACCAGUAUGUAGGACAAAACUGCAACCGAUACGUUCCCGCUCUGUACGAGAUUCUGGAGUACAACUUCGAUCUGAGCUCUCAGAGCCAUCGCAAGGUGGAGUUUGCCUGGUCCAUUGCAUCUCAGGUGAUAGCCAUAGCAGGAAAAAAUGGCAGAAAGGGAGAUUAUCUGAACAAAGUGUUUGAAUUGCCCUUCGAAGUCGCCGAGUCCUCACAGAUAGUCUGCAAAGAGGAGCCGGAGGACGGCUUCGGCAAGCUGGACCUUAAUGAUAACUCGGACAUCAUGUUUGUCCGAGAACUGAAGCCUGUAGACAUAGAAGUCGAGAUUGAUUAGAAAUAGAAAAUCAGUGUUCAGAUUAGAGCUGCAAUUACAGAUAAUAGUCAUUAUUAGUUUCUCAAAUAAUGAACGAAUCAUUUGGUGUAAAAAGCCAGAAAACUGAAAACUUCCUGAAACCCAAAGUGAUGUCUUAAAAUCACUUGUUUUGUCCAACCAGCAGUCUGAAACCUAAGAAAAGCAGCAAAUAUUGACAUUUGAGAAGCUGGAACUAGAUCAUGUUUGGAAUUUUUGCUUGACAAAUAACUUAAAUAAUUAAUCGAUUAUCAAAAUAGUUCCCAUGUUACUUUAAAGUUGAAUCAAAGCCUCUCUGAAACGGUUUAUAACCUUCAUGAAGGUAGGAUUUAUUGGAAAGUAUUAGCUAGUUUUAGCUAGGUGUACCUAAUAAUAAACUGACAACCGAAUGUAAAUAAUUGAUUAGUCCCUACUUCUGACUAGGAAAGAUAAAGUCAAAUGCCUGUUUAAUUCAAUUCUUACUCAGGAGGUUGGACAUGUUUUCCCCAACCCAAAUUCUUUACAGUAAUGGUAAAUAUUAUGGACAAUGUCCACUGGAUCUGGCUGCGUCUUUCGUUCUAUUCGAGUUUGCUAAUGACAACAUUUUCAUCAUGCAGGAUAGACACAGCUGGUUCCUCUGCAGAGUUUCAGCUUGUUGAACCUCCUGCUCUCUGUGAUCACCUAUUCAGUAUUUUAAUACACAUUAUAGUUGCUCUCAUUUACAUAUUUUCUGUUUCUGGGCCGAGUAAAGAAAAAGAAAAUAGUGAUUUAAUUGCAGCUUGUAAAUACUACCUUUUACCAGGAAGGCAUUCAGUUUCAUGAUCAGAAGUCACGGCGUGACUAAGAAAGCUGUGCUGUGUGAUAGGCUGUAUUGAAAUUUAAAAUGAGUGACCAUAAAAGGUCAUAGGAUAUUUUUAUUAUUGAUUAAUCUACAGAUUAUUUCUCAAUUAAUCAAUUAACCAUUUUGUCUAUAAAAUGUCAGAGAAAAAUACCUGUGAUAAUUUCCUACAGGGUGACAUAUUCACAUAGCUUUAUUCGAGCAACAGUCCAAAAUGCAAAGAUUUUCAGUUUCAUAUAAAACAGAAAACCAUCAAAUUCAUUUGAAAUGUUGGGAAUUUUUGUUUGACAAAUCAUUAAAAAUAAUUUAGCUAUCAAAAGAAUUGUAGAUAAAUUUUCAGUCGACCAGGUAAUUGAUUUAUCAAUUAAUCAUUGUAGCGUCAAUACUAGGUGACAAAUCUGCUUAACUGCCACACAGCCCCCGAGGCUCACAUCCAUCAUUUUGCAAAAAAACUCAGUUUUGUGAUGAGAAACACUCUGGCCUCGUGUUGGUGAAGGGCUAACUUUUACUGGGCUAAUGUGGAAAUACAGAUAGACCACUUAAAGGACCAGUGUGUAGCAUUUAGGAGGAUCUAUUGGCAGAAAUGGAAUAUAAUAUUUAUAAGUAUGUUUUCAUUAGUGUACAAUCACCUGAAAAUAAGAAUCGUUAUGUUUUCAUUACCUUAGAAUGAGCCGUUUAUAUCUACAUGGGAGUGGGUCCUUCCACGGAGGUCACCAUGUUGAAACCGCCAUGUUUGUACAGUAGCUCAGAAUGGACAAACCAAACACUAGUAGAGCCGUUCGCAUUUUUUGUGAGUUUCGCGGCCACCGUAGUUUCUCCUACACGCUUGGGGGGGAUCCUACACACUGCUCCUUUUUUAAGUACGACCAAGUAAAAGCAGCUGUAAUGUCUGAGUAAGUUACCGAUUUUGUAAAUCAUGAAAAAUGUGGUCAAAACAAGUCAACUAUAUUAGAAAAGUGUCCCUCUGUGGACAAUGAAACCACAACACGGCCGGAGUCAUAAGAUUAUUAGUUUUUAAGAACACUUUGGUCAAUAUACAUACACAGUAACAUCAGUCGGUCGAAUGUGAUUAAAAGUUUCUCAAUUGAUUUAGCCAAACACUUGAAGUGCCUCAAAUCACUCCUCUCACUUUUAUCUUCCUACAUUCGACGCACAAACACACACACACACACACAUCAGUCAUUAAACAAGCCUGAAUCUGUAGUGAUGGCAGUGUGUUGUUACAUCACAUCUUCAUCUACAGAUGUGGACCAAAAGCAGCUCACUAGAAGUUUUAUGACUGGCCGCAUGUGGAUGAGGUUAAAGGUUGAUGUAUCCUUGUUUUGUAUAUUUUUGUUAUUUGUGAAGAGGUGGGAGUUCCUGUCAAACAUAAGCAGCUGAAUGCUGGUCAUUUUGUGGCUGAGAUUUGUAUUUUCAAUGCAAUCUAAACAUACAUGUGGAUGAAAACAUCUUUUCCUGCCUUGGAUGUAUUUUUUUUUUAAUGAUUAUAUACUGUUAUUGGGAAUUUUUCUUUCUACUGCAAAUUAAAAUUUCUUUAAUCUUCA